AUGCCAUUCACAGUAACCCUACCGCAAACUGAAUAUGAUACGGCAAUCCUUAGAAUCGGAGAAAUGCGAGGAUGGUUCCCUCAAAACACUGGAGACGAACGGAAUCACAAUUGCACAAAAUGCGAGGAUGGUUCCCUCAAAACACUGAAGACGAACGGAAUCAUAAUUGUCACACGACUAUGCAGAGAGGAUGAUGACGAGCCCAAGACUGACCCAUUCUCACAAUGCAGCGAACUGCGAUUGGCGGAGCGGACUCAGUCCUUCUUAUUCACGUUCCGGCUUGUUCAGCUUAUAUUGGACGAGGCCCGGGCCAUGUUAGUUUCUAAACAUCAAUUCCUAGGGAUGGCGAUGGAGCUUACGAAAAUGGGGUGA